GGAACUCAGGUCCUUUCUGAUUCUCACCUGCUCUUUACAGUCUCAUACCUGUUCCUGCAAAUUUCUCAGUUCCUGGGAACGGGAAUGGAAGAAUUAUUUUUUUGAGACAGCUGACAGCCCAUCAUCUCCUGUGCUUACAGCAGAGCCCGUGAUGCCUCUCAUCCUUAUUGUGGAUUUCAGACCUCGAAAGGGUCAGGCAGGUCCCUGCAGAGCCAAGGAACCCCUUUUCCCCGGCCGGGGCCAGGGGGAAGCGCUGAGCUCCCAGUUCUGCCUCUUUCUCAAGCUUUCCCCGGCCGCUGCCCGGGUUUCCCUGGAGAGGGCAGCCGAGCAUCGCUGAGCCCCGAGCCGCAAACGGUGGCCAGGGGGAAGGAGGCAAAGCAGGAUUUGGAGAGGACGGGAUGUAACUGCUCGUGAUUCCACCGAAUGAGGCAACUGGGAGGGAAAGUUGAGUUCCCAGCCGGAGAAGCGAGUUGCUGGUGCUGGGAUGGGGCUGUGGGGUCGCUCUGGGGGUGGCAGAGCCAGGCAAGGAACAUCCAAGAGCUAAAGAUCACUUUCCUCAGCUUCAGGACAAAAAGGACCUCCAGGGGAAUAAACCAGAAUGGUUCAACAAACCCAGGCGAAACCAGAAGUGCUGUGAGAGGAGAGGGAAGCAGGCGCUGUCCACAGCUGCACCAACUGCCCUGAGAGCCGGAGGGAUGGGAAGCCCCGGAACAACCGUGGGGAGAGCAUGUGAAGAAGUGCAGGAGGCAGCAGAAGGCUCUCUGUGAGCUGCCAGCUCCAGGUAACACCAUGGAUACUUGCAGGAUACCUGCAAACGCCUCCAAGUGCAGCGGGAACACCAUGGAGUGCUUCAUGGUGCUCAGCACACAGGCACAGAAGAUAAGCAUUGGCAUCCUGUGCGGCCUCUUUGGGACAAUGUGCGUUUUUGAGAACUCCUUGGUGCUCUACCUGAUCUUCUCUUCCCCCAGCACCAGGAAAAAGCCUUCCUACCUCUUCAUAGGCAGCCUGGCCCUGGCUGACAUCCUGGCCAGCAUCAUCUUUGUCUGCAGCUUUGUGAACUUCCACGUGUUCAACGAGGCUGGUUUUUCCAAGGAGGUGUUCCUGCUGCAGCUGGGAGGGGUGAACACGUCCUUCUCCGCCUCCCUCUGCAGCCUGCUGCUCACAGCCCUGGACCGCUACAUCUCCAUCAGCCGGCCCUCGGAAUACAAGCUCCUGAUGACCAGGAAAAGAGCCUGGACAGCCCUGGCGGUGCUCUGGGUGACCUGUGCCACCAUUGCUUGCCUGCCCCUGCUGGGCUGGAACUGCUGCGCGCUGGAUUCCGCCUGCUCCGAGCUGUUCCCCUUCGUGGAUGACAAUUACCUGGCGGGCUGGAUCUGCUUCGUCGUGGUCCUGCUGGGCUGCAUCGUCUACGCCUACGCCCACGUGCUCUGGAGGGCUCGCCAGCACGUGGCCUACAUGGAGAAGCACCAGGCACACGUAGGGAAGCAAAACACCCGGAUGAGGAUGGACGUGAUGCUGGCCAAGACCCUGGUGAUGGUGCUGGCUGUCCUCAUGCUCUGCUGGUCGCCCGUGCUGGUGCUCAUGAUCUACAGCGUCUUCGCCAGGCUGAGCGAUCACCUGCGCAAGGUGUUCGCCUUCUGCAGCACCCUCUGCCUGCUCAACUCCAUGGUGAACCCCAUCAUUUACGCCCUGCGGAGCAAGGAGCUGUUCUCCUCGCUGAGGAGGGUGUUCUCCCACUUCAGGAGGCAGCUGAAGGCUGCUGAGGAGAGCCCAGAAGCUGAGAGCACCCACAAGUCGUCCGUGAUAGAGACCGUCUGCGAGGACACGCGCGUGGUGUAGGGAGGCAGCGGUGGGAAAUGCAUACCCUGAGGCUGGAUGGAACUGCUUGGAUCACUUUUCAUUUUCUUUUCACUUCUGGUGGGAGUUGAGGGAUCAGCUGUGAUAUGGAGACAGCUCCUGCUGAUGUCACCCUUUGACGCUGGGACAUAAAGUGCACAGACUUUGCUUCAGGCCCAGGUUGGGAUUGUUGGGGUGUCCUGUGCAGGGCCAGGAGUUGGACUGGAUGAUUCUUGGGAUGUCCCUUCCAGCUCAGGAUAUUCCAUGAUUCUGUGAUAAUGUCCCACCAGGGAAGGUUCAGCUUGCACAUCAGCAGGAAUUUCUUCAUGGAAAAGGUGGUCAGGCUCUGGAAGGGGCUGCCCAGGGAGGUCUGGAGUCCCCAUCCCUGCAGGUGUCACCUGGAUGUGGCACUCAGUGCUCUGGGCUGGUGACAAAGUGGGGACUGGGCACAGCUUGGACUCGAUGGUCUGGGAGGGCUUUUCCAACCUCAGAGGAACGUUCUCACUGUGCCUUAAGGACUUGGCCAGAGCUGGGGCAGACAGGACCUUGCAGGCAGCACAUUUAUUCCAGCAGAAUUCAGGAGAACUGAUCUAACCACACGUGUUCCUUGGAUGUUAUGUGAUUAAACUUACAAGCCAUUUUUCCAGGUUCUUCUUCCCUUUCUUUCCUGGUGUACAAAGUCCCCCAGGUGACAAGUUUAAGCCCAAACUGGGGCAGAUACUUUGAGCCUGAGGAACUUGA